UAAUUAAUAUUUUAAAUGGCUAUAGCAAGUGUCGUAGUUCUUGUUGCAUUUCUUCUUCUCCAACAACCUUCUUCAACUUCAAGUGGCUUCCUCUCUCCUUCCUUUUCCCCUAUAUUUGAUAACGCGUGCAACGGGGUGAAUUGUGGAAAAGGAACAUGCAAACUUUUUGAGAAUAGUACUUUUCAUUUCGAAUGUGAGUGUGAUCAAGGUUGGAAGCAAACACUUAGUUCCAAUCAUGUUGGGGCCUUAGAGUUUCUUCCUUGCAUCAUUCCAAAUUAUGAUGUGUGCAACGGGGUGGAUUGUGGAAAAGGAACGUGUAAACCUUCUGAGAACAGUACUUUUCCUUUUGAAUGUGAGUGUGAUCAAGGUUGGAAGCAAACUCUUGAUUCCAAUAAUGAUGGGGACAUGAAGUUUCUUCCCUGCAUCAUUCCUAAUUAUAAUGCGUGCAACGGGGUGAAUUGUGGAAAAGGAACAUGCAAACUUUCUGAGAAUAGUACUUUUCAUUUUGAAUGUGAGUGUGAUCAAGGUUGGAAGCAAACACUUAAUUCCAAUGAUGAUGGUGCCUUGAAGUUUCUUCCUUGCAUCAUUCCUAAUUAUGAUGUGUGCAACGGGGUGGAUUGUGGAAAAGGAACAUGCAAACCUUCCAACAGUACUUUUCCUUUUGAAUGUGAGUGUGAUCAAGGUUGGAAGCAAACUCUUGAUUCUAAUCAUGAUGGGGACUUGAAGUUUCUUCCUUGCAUCAUUCCUAAUUAUGAUGUGUGCAAGGAAGUGGAGUGUGGAAAAGGAACAUGCAAAGCUUCUACAAAUAGUACUUUUUCUUUUGAAUGUGAGUGUGAUCAAGGUUGGAAGCAAGCUCUUGAUUCCAAUGAUAAUGGGGGUUUGAAGUUUCUUCCUUGCAUCGUUCCUAAUUGUACUAUGGACUACUCUUGCUCAAAAGCUCCUUCCCCUGCUCCAGAAAAAGCAAGAAAUGCUAGUGACUCAAUAUUUGAUGCUUGCCAUUGGGUUGAUUGUGGAGGUGGCACAUGCAAGAAGACAUCAGCAUUCAACUAUACUUGUCAAUGUGAUUCAGGCUAUUACAAUCUCCUCAAUGUCACUUCCUUUGCUUGCUUCAGGCAAUGUUCUCUUGGCAUAGGAUGCUCUGACCUUGGAAUAUCAAUGACAAACUCAUCAUCACCUCCUGCACCACCACCUGCAUUGAAUGAGGAUAGUAAGAAUGAGGCUAGUUCAAUUCUACAAGGAAGAUCCCUUUGGUUGGUCUUGCUGAUUAUGGUCAUGACAAAGAUACAGAGUCAUUGGUAUUAGAAGUUUUUCACUUUAUGCCAUUGGUUAGAGAUAUAGGGUCUAAUCACACGACAUUUUUAGUCAUUAUAUCUUCUAGUAUUUAAAAGAGAUAUAUGGAUAUGAUAUGUAUUAAGCCUUGCUUUUUCUCAUUCACUUUGUACAAUUAUUCUAGAGAAUAUUGGUGAUUAAGGGUGUUAUAAAUUUUUGUGCUCCCAAGUGUUGUGACUAUUUUAAUCGAGAAGGUUUUAUUUAUCUCAA